CACACUUAGCCUCGCGAUUCGUAUUGCGGAAAAGUUUCCGCUCACACAUUUGCAGACAUUUUUGCGAUGAUGUACUUUACAUUUUCCCCUGUUUCACUUUUUCUCGCUUACCAAACACAUCCUCAGUCACCAUAUUCUUUGUCCUUCUCUCUUUCUUAGCUGUGGUUUAUCUACUCCUCUCUCUCUCUCUCUCUCGUCUUUUAUUUGUGGGUAGGAUCGGAGCGAGGCGCAUUAUGAUGUUCAUUGUGUCUCUCAUGUCUUGCAUUUGAUUCUCUAAAUAGCUUUUACAAAAUUCUCUGUUCCAGAAUUCGGAGUUCUCAUCUUUGUGGGUUGAUGAUCCAUGCAUGGUGAGAUUUUGGUUACUAAGAGAUUUUUAGCUCUGUGUUCGGAAGUGUUUUAGUAAGUGGAAAUAAUGGACCACAAGACGUGGCUGUGGAGGAAGAAAUCUACGGAGAAGGUGAUUGUUGCAGCUGACAAAGUACACCUCUCUCCAAAUGAAAAUGAAGAGGAGAUACAGACUCUUUUGACUGAUAAGGCAGAACUGGAGAAAGAACUGAACUGUUUAAAUGAUAAGCUUUCUUCUGCCUUGUCCGAGUGUAAUGCUAAAGAUGAGCUUGUAAAGAAACAAGCAAAGAUGGUAGAGGAUGCCAUGGCAGGUUGGGAGAAGACAGAAGCCAAAGUAGUGACUCUAAAGCAAGAGUUAGAUGAAGCCAUGAAGCAGAGAGCUGCUGGAGAAGAAAGAUCAACUUACUUGGAUGCUGCCCUCAAGCAGUGUAUGCAACAGCUGCACUUUGUUCGAGAAGAGCAGGAGCAGAGGGUUCAUGAUGCUGUGAUGAAGGCAUCAGUGGAAUAUGAAAAGUCCCAAAUGAUUUUGGAGGAGAAGUUGGCAGAAACCAGUAAGAGGCUUGCAAAAGUAGGCAUUGAGAAUACUCAUCUAAGUAAGGAUCUCUUCGCAAAAGAAAGGUUGAUUGAAGAUCUAACUAAACAGAAGGUUCAGGUGGAGGCAGAUUUUAAUGCUCUAAUGAUUAGGUUAGAGUCUACGGAGAAAGAAAAUGCUUCACUGAAAUAUGAAGUCCGAGUUCUAGAGAAGGAGCUUGAGAUUCGGAAUGAGGAGAGAGAAUUUAAUCGUAGAACAGCUGAUGCAUCACAUAAGCAACACUUAGAGAGUGCGAAAAAAAUUGCGAAGUUAGAGUCGGAAUGUCAGAGGCUACGUCUGCUUGUUCGCAAGCGGUUGCCAGGCCCCGCUGCCUUGGCAAAGAUGAAAAGUGAAGUUGACACAUUGGGAAGGGAUUCAGUUGAAACGAGGAGGAGAAGAACAUAUUCUAGUCCUAAUGCUUUAAUUGUUGACGUUGCUAUUGACAACUCCCCAGACACUCCCAGCAAAAAGAUCAACUUUCUGACUGAGCAGUUAUGUGUCAUGGAAGAAGAAAACAAGGCUCUCAAAGAAGCCCUUAAUAGAAAAUCAAAUGAGCUUCAAAUUUCAAGAACCAUGUAUGCUAGCACAGCUUCCAAACUAUCACAGGUUGAGUCACAUCUUGAUGAAUUGUCAAAAGGCCAAUCAACCUUGGAGCCAUCAGGGAGUGGUCUUGCACCACAUGAGCUCUCUCUGGCCUUGACAUCUGAUGUUGGCAGUGAUGAUAAGGUUAGCUGUGCUGAAUCAUGGGCUUCUGCUUUGAUUUCAGAAUUGGAGCACUUCAAAUAUGGGAAACAAAGGGGUUCACCUUCAGUUAAAACUGUAGGAGGUUCAGACAUAAAUCUGAUGGAUGACUUUGUGGAAAUGGAAAAGCUUGCAAUAGUCUCAGUUGAUAAGCAGUCAGGAAGUCCUCAUCUUCCAUUUGAUGACGCUAAUGCAACUGUUAACCCAUUGGAAAUUGGUUUGAAUGCGUAUCUCUCACAGAUAACUGGUAAAGAGAUUGUUCCAGUGUUGGACUCAAGCUCUAGGGUAUCAAACCAGGAAAUUAAUUCCAAGGAUGUACUGAUUGGUAAAUCUCCUGAUUGGCUUCAGGAUAUUCUGAAAGUGUUGCUGGAGCAAACUCGUACCACACAAAGAAAACCUGAUGAAAUACUGGAGGAUGUCAGAGUAGCUUUGGUAGGCAUAAGUAAUGGGAGCCUUGCAGGGUGUCUUGAUACGAGAGAAAGCUCAAAACAUCUUGAUGCAUCAAAUUUCUCUCAUGUUGGUGGUUGCAUCUCUCGGAAGCCUAUAGAUAAAUCUGUUCUGAUGGAUUCGUCUUGUGCAAAUAAUGAAAUUGAUGUCUUGGUGACAGGUGGGAGUGAUCAGCAGUUGCAGUCAGAUCUGGGCAAAUCAUUGCAUAAUAUAAUUGAGCAAGUUGAACGGAUCACUUUACCCACUUAUGGUAAUUCAAAUACUUUGUCUAGAAAGGAUGGGAGUUCCUUUCCAUAUAAGAAUACAGAAACAUCUUCAGGCUACAUGGUUCGAGUUUUGCAGUGGAAGACCUCUGAAUUGACUGCUGUAUUGCAGCAGUUUGUCCAUGCUUGUUAUGAUCUGUUGAAUAGAAAAUCUGAUGUGAACAUGUUUGCUCAAGAAUUAAAUUAUGCUCUGGACUGGAUUAUGAACCACUGCUUUUCCCUUCAAGAUGUUUCAAGCAUGAGGGAUGCAAUUAAGAAGCAAUUUGAUUGGGAUGAAUCCCGAAGUGAAAGUGAACUAGAGGUUGGUAUGAUUAGUCAAUUUUCAGAAGUGGAUAAACCAUGCCUUUCCCAUGAUAAAUUCUCAUGUUUGCCUAUGGUUGCUACUUCAAAUGGGUUUCAUAACUGUUUUGAAAAGGAUGAAUCUCAAUGUACCAUAAUAGAUGAAAAUAAGAAGUUAAAAGAUGAAUUGAUUAACACAGAAUAUACAAGGAAAGACUUGGAAGGGAGGCUUCAAUCAGCUAUUGAUAAGAGUGAAUCCUUGAUGAAUCAACUUCAGGUAUCAGAGAAAACCAUUGCAAACAUGCAAAAAGAGGUGGAAACUCUGAAAAUGUCAAAAACAAUGGUUGAAAAUCAAAGUGAAAAUCACAAGUCGCCGAAAAAAGAUCUAGAUACACAGCUUAAAGUGGCUAAGGCAGAGUUAAAUGAGGCUCACCAUAAGUUUUCUUCCUUGGAAGUGGAACAGGAGAACAAAAACAGCUGCUGUGAAGAAUUGGAGGCCACAUGUCUUCAACUUCAGCUCCAACUUGAAAGUGUAACGAAGAAAGCAGUCCCUAGUCAUGAACUCCAUCAGGAAGAAAAGCAACUUCGAACUGAUUGGGAGAUAACAGCUGCUUCAGAAAAGUUGGCUGAGUGCCAAGAGACUAUUCUAAAUCUAGGAAAGCAGUUAAAGGCAUUGGCUACACCAAAUGAAGCAGCCCUGUUUGACAAGGUCAUCUCUACCUCCACUGAUACAAAUGCUGCCUCUGUCAGCAACACAGCAAGCACAGCCUUGAGCAAACCCAAGGAAAACAUCUUGAACCAAAGGUCCUCUCUUCUAGAUCAGAUGCUAGCUGAGGAUAACGCUGCAACAAAGGAUAAUAAAUCCCAUAAGGUCAAAGAAAGCGACAACCAUAGUUCUGCCUUUGUUUCCAACAGGGUUAUAGAACCUUCAGAAAAGAUCCUUAUUUUGAAUGGAACUCAACACCAGGAUGAUGAUGUUGCAAUUAGUUCUUUGGCCAUUGUACCUUGCAAGAAACAGGGAGGAGGAAGUUUGUGGAGAAAAUUAUGGUGGAGAAAGAGGAAAUCAAACAGCAAGAAACCACCCCUUCCAUUCGCUCCAUAACAGACUGAUAUAAUAUCAAAGGUUUGCACUGUGUAAUGUUAUGAUGGUGGUUGUCCUUAAGGGAGGAUUUGAUGCAAUAAAUUCUGCCUUUUGUUAAGCUUUUAAGAAUUUUUGUAUGGCUGUGUGUAUUCCUUCUGUAUAUGCAACUGUCGGCUGGACAAGUUUUUGUACUAUUGCCAAAAAAAAAAGGUUCCUCUAUGGUGUGCAUAGCAUAGCUAUCCUCUGUAUUUUCUGUUAAUAGGAAACACAUUGCGUCCAACAAUAUUUCGUGUGAAAACAUUUAUACCCAGUUUGGUACAUCCUUUUCCAGUAAUAUAGUUUUUUAUUGCAAA